GAGAGAGAGAGAGAGAGAGAGAGAGAGAGAGAGAGAGAGUCUCUGUUUUGUGAGUUCACUCUGAUCUGAACCCGUCUCAGUCUCCAUGGCAACGGGCAGGUUCGUUGAGGUGUACCUGGACCUGCUGUCGCAGCCCUGCCGGGCGGUGCACAUCCUGCUGGCCUGCGCCAAGGUCCCGCACAGAGUCCGGACCGUGGCUCUGAGGAAAGGAGAGCACAGAACUCCAGAGUUCACCAAGUUGAAUCCCAUGCAGAAGGUCCCAGUCAUGGUGGACAAUGGCUUUGUGCUCACAGAGAGUGAUGCCAUCCUGAAGUACCUGGCGAACAGGUACGACGUUCCAGAGCACUGGUAUCCACGGCAACCAGAGAGGAGAGCCAGAGUGGAUGAAUACACUGCCUGGCACCACACAAACACACGACCACAUGCUGCCAAAGUAUUCUUUCUGGAGGUGUUGGCUCCCCGCAUGUCUGGCUCUCCGGUGGAUGAAGACAGGUUGUCCAGGGCUCUAUCUGACCUCAGCACGACCCUCGACCUGCUGCAGUCCAUGUUCCUCCGCCGCCAGCCCUUCCUGUGCGGCGAUGACAUCACCGUGGCCGACCUGCUGGCCGUCUGCGAGCUCAUGCAGCCCCUGGGCGGCGGCAGAGACGUCCUGCGGGACCGUCCGCAGCUGCAGCGCUGGAGGAGCCGCGUCCAAUCAGCCGUCGGCGAGUCGUUUGACGCCGCCCACGCCGUUGUGUACGCACUCCGAGACCGCAGCAAGGCCAAGCUCUGAUGUCAGCACCGAGCCGGCCAAUCACAGCGGGGCUGAGGUGUGAAUCUGACACUUUGAUCUGCCUGGAGGUCAGAGUUCAGAGGUCAGAGGUGACUUUUUUGUCAGAUCAGCUGUUAACCCUUUAAAACCCAUAACCCGGGCUUUUAUUUUGAAAGGUUUUAUUGAACAAAAAUUCACUUUUUUAUUUUUUAAUUUUUGGAGUUCUUUUUCUUGGA